CGUCGAAACAAGCGAGUUGCGAUACAACGUCCAAAUCGACGAUUUGUCUUGUUUGAAGUAUCAAGAUGGCAUGUCUAUUAAGAGUUACCUCGAGAGCUCAGAUGGCUAGAUUUCUUAGCUACUCGAGACGCCUCUCCACCUAUCCCUUUGUGUAUUCGAAUGAAGUGCGCGACGCGAAAGCGGACAGGAAGCCGAUAGUGGCUUUGGAAUCAACUAUUAUCACUCACGGAAUGCCUUAUCCUAAGAAUUUGGAGACAGCACUUGAAGUAGAGGAUAUCAUCAGACGCCAAGGAGCAACGCCAGCCACUAUUGCAAUACUUCAAGGGCAACUAACGAUAGGCUUAACACGAGACCAACUUCAAUACCUGGCCAAAGCAAAGGGUGUUAUUAAAGCAUCUAGAAGAGACCUGGCACCCGUGUUAGCAGCUCAAAAAGAUGGCGCCACUACGGUCGCUGGAACAAUUAUCGCAGCUGAAUUAGCUGACAUACCUAUUUUUGUUACUGGAGGUAUAGGUGGAGUUCAUCGUCAAGGCGAGGACACGAUGGAUGUUUCAGCUGACCUCAAUGAGUUGGGACGGAGCAAGACGUUGGUCGUUUGCAGCGGCGUCAAAUCUAUCCUGGAUAUAGGACGAACUUUGGAAUACUUGGAAACUCAAGGAGUAACGGUCUGUUCUUUCGGUGGAUCGGAAGAGUUUCCAGCAUUUUACACGACACGUUCCGGUCACCACGCACCACACCGGGUGACUGAUGCGUUGCAAGCGGCACGAAUUUUGAUAGCAGCACAACGAUUAUCUUCUGGUAUAGUCAUUGCUGUUCCAAUACCUGAAGAACAUGCUAUGGAUGGGAAUGUUAUUGAGACUGUCAUAAAGAAUGCGCUGCUUGAAGCAAAUAAGCAAGGAAUUCGGGGUAAGGAAGUGACCCCAUUCCUUCUGGCCGCAGUGUCUGCAGCUACGGGUGGCGUCUCGCUCGACGCUAACAUCGCGCUCAUAAAGAACAACGCAAAAGUCGGCGCCGAUAUUGCCGUUCAAUUUCAAAAACUGAGGAAUGCCGACAAUUUAGAGAACGCUCAUAAUAUCGCCGUCUCAAAGAGCACGGGAAAAUGUAUGACAAAUUCUUCAAGACAGUUUCAUACGUGUCGUUCCAAAGGCAGCGAUAGGGAUGAGAAUAUUAUAAGAGAUGGUACCGCUGGAGACGUACUUAUCAUUGGUGGAGCUAAUGUCGACAGGACGUACAGAGUAACUGAAGAUCGAGUUCAGCUGGACGGCAGUACUCACGCCUGUAAAACGGAGCAAUGUGCGGGCGGCGUGGCCAGAAAUAUGGCGGAAGCUUUGUGGCGGCUACGAGACGGACGGGCACGACUCCUUACAGCCAUCGGAGAUGACACAGAUGGGCAGUACUUACAAGAUAUUGCACCUGGAUUAUUAUUGGACGGUUGUAUAGUAAAAAACACACGGACAGCUAUGUACGCAGCAAUGUUUGACAAAAAAGGCGAAUGUUUAAUGGGUCUUGGAGACAUGGAUAUUCAUAAUCAUAUUACUAUAGAACUUGUAAAUAAACAUAUCAACGUAUUAAAAAAUGCACCACUAAUUGUAUUAGACGGAAAUUUACCAGCUACCACUAUGGACUACGUUCUCAAGAUAUGUACCGAAUACAAAAAACCUGUAUUUUUUGAACCAACAGAUCGAAGAAAAGCUAUAAAAGCUCUAUCAAACAGUCAUCGUGUUAAAUACGCUUCACCGAAUAUAAUGGAGCUCCGAGCAAUGGCAGACUUUUUAAAGCCUAACAACAAUAUAAAGAAAAGUAACGAUUUAGAGGAAAUUAUUAAUCUAUCAAAAAUUGUGCUAGAAUUUGUCGAUUUAUUAUUGAUUACAAGAGGAUCAGCAGGUGUGGUUACAGUCAAAUCCUUAAACGAAAACACAAAUUUAUCCCCUAUAAACUCUCACGAGUUUGAGGUUCGUCUGUAUUCUGCAGAAGCGUUAAAUAGCAUUGAAAACGUGUCUGGGGCAGGUGAUUGUUUUUCAAGUGGAUUUAUUUAUGGUGUUCUAUUGGGUCUCAAUGAAUGUAAAAGCGUUUCUCUAGGUUUUAGUGCCGCGAAAGAAGCACUGCUAAGUAAAAGAACUGUACCCUGUACAUUUAAUAAACAUAAUUAUAAUGAAACAGUUAAGUAUAGUGCUUGGUCUUUCUAGAGUAACUAAUUCCACUUAGA